UCGAUAGGUUCGAAAUGUAAACAAACAUGGAAACUGAAACUGAAGCGCAGAAAUUGUAUUAGUUAUGGCCAAGAAUGUAAAGAAAUUAACGUUGGCCAACAAAUUGGCAAAACGGGGAGAUCUUAUAAAACCCGCGGAAAUAAAAAGCCGUCCAAAUCGGGCCGAUAACGUGAGGGAUAUCGAGGAUCUGGUUGGUGUAUCUUCUGGCGCAGCAGGAUCGAGUAGCUCAGUGUUCUUCUCCCCCGUGCAAACCCGCAAGCAGCGUCUCUUAAAUGGGGAAGCCGUGAAGAAAACUAACAUGAAAAUGGAGCCCUUGUCUCCAGCUCGAGUUGCACCCAAAAAAAAUAGAAAGGAGGAUCGCAUGGUAACCAGAGUUCAAAUGGGUUCGGCUACUGUGGUCAUAUGCAAGGUGGUGCCUGAUGCCGUGGACUCCCCAGUGAGAGUGGAUAAGGUAAAAGAGGAGGUGGAACCCCAAAUAAAGCAGGAAGCUCAGGAGGAUUCCCAUUCCUAUUCUGAGGUGCUAGCACCACAUCCUUUGUGGUUUAACCACCUAGAAAACAUUCGCAUUAUGAGAAACUCCAGAACUGCGCCAGUGGACACCAUGGGAUGCCACCGAUGCGCCGAUUUGAAAGCAGACUCGAAGACGCAGCGCUUCCAAAACCUAGUUGCAUUGAUGCUGUCCAGUCAAACCAAGGACCAAACUACUUAUGAAGCCAUGAAUCGCCUCAAAGACCGAGGUCUAACUCCACCGAAAGUAAAGGAAAUGCCAUUGACUGAACUCGAGAACUUACUGCAUCCCGUAUCCUUCUACAAGAACAAAGCCAAGUACCUCAAGCAAACCGUGGAGAUACUGAUGGACAAGUAUGGUUCGGACAUUCCAGACAAUGUCAAGGACCUUGUAGCUCUUCCAGGAGUUGGCCCCAAGAUGGCCCAUAUAUGCAUGGCAGUGGCCUGGAACAAGAUAACCGGAAUCGGAGUGGACGUCCAUGUCCACCGCCUUUCUAACAGGCUGGGCUGGGUGCCGAAGCCCACCAAGGAGCCCGAGCAAACCCGUGUGGCGUUGGAGAAGUGGCUGCCAUUCAGCCUCUGGUCAGAGGUCAAUCAUUUGUUCGUGGGAUUCGGACAAACCAUUUGCACCCCAGUGAAGCCAAAUUGUGGGGAGUGCUUGAACAAGGACAUUUGUCCUUCAGCCCAUGCUGAAAUUAAAGAAAAGAAGAAGAAAGAUCGAUAGAAAAGUUUCUAGGUUAUAAGUUUUGCUGAAAUUAUUAGUACUAAGAAAAAUAUUGUGUUACCCAUAAAAAAAUAAAUGCUUUAUUUAGGGCUGUAAGUCCUGUACAAAAUCAAAAA